AAACUAAAUUAGGGGGCGUCUUUAAAUUGCAAAAUCCUUGCAAAAGCCGUAAAAAAUGUGUUUAAAGCUGCAAUAAGUAUAGAUCUUAGGACCAAACGUACUCCUCCGGAAGAUAAAACCCGGACCAACUAGUAAACCCAAUUUAAAAAAGUGCUUAUCUGUUCGGCGUCCGCUUUCGCAAUUUGCAAAGCUGCAUGUGGUGUUUGUUUCGUUUGUUUGGUUAUUUUACAUAAAUACCUUAUCUUCUAAGAACUCCAGUUUUGUAAUAGAAUUGCGCAACUUUUGCUUUGGGGUUUUGUCCAACAGACCAGGCAGAAUCCAUCGCGAAAGACGCAGCAAGUAGCAACGUUUUUGAAUCGCAAAAGUGCAGUCGGCGUAGCAGAUUUUCCUCCUCCGGCGGGGCUUCUGGCUUAACCAAUGUGGCACUUCCAAUGAGAAAUCAAUUGCAAGGCGUUGGAUGCUCUCAGUAUUGGUUAUUGGCGAGAUUGGCCCCGAGGCAGCAUCACUAGGUCUAGACAGUUCCGAUCAGUCCGAGUUAAACCCCCCGUUCGAUUUAGACACACACAUCCAAUGGCGGAGAAGCAGACGGCCGAUGCCCCCGAUGCUGGACAGGAUCGCAAGAGACCCCGGCUGGAGGACGAGCAGCAGGAGCUCAAGGUGGCCGGCUUCUCGCUGAGUGCCAUCGAGGAGAUGCGACAGACCCGGGACAACGAGCUCCAGAACGAACCCAUGGACCAGCAGCUCCGGCAGUUCCAAGUUCUCGACGAAGUCGGCUCUGGCAGCGACGAGGAUGACGAGUCAGACGACGCCAGCGAGCAGCAAGGUGGAAGGUAUGGAGAUGGAGGCGACGAGGAGGAUGAGGCGGCGGAUGGCGACGGCGAUGAAUACGAUUCCUCGGAAUUUGACGACGAGGAGAUCGAAAAUCUGCUGGACGAGAAGCUGCCCGACGAGCUGCGCGAGUCCAAGCAGCCUAAGUACGAGCAGCGUUUCAAGACUGUGCUAGAAGAAAAGCGCCUGAACCACUUCGAGGUGCUGCCCGAGGGCUGGGUGCAGGUGACCCACAACAGUGGUAUGCCCCUCUUCCUGCACCGCAAAACCCGCGUGUGUUGCGCCUCGAGGCCUUAUUUUCUGGGCACGGGAAGUGCCCGCAAGCAUGCCGUGCCUUUGGGAGCAAUUCCCUGCCUUAACUACAGGCGGGCCUUGGACGAGGAGUCGGAGGCGGAGCAGCAGAAAACGGAUGGGUCUCCUUUAGCGGCAGUGUGUCCCAUAACAGGAGCUGUAGCUUCACCCGCAGAACCGAUGGAUGUGGAGGGGAAGGAGAACAAUGAAGCCAGCCCUGAUACCAAGUCUCAACAAGAGGGCUUAACUGCCUUAAUGCCAGCUGCCAAAAUCGUCACGGUUAACGAGAAUACCCAGAAGGAAUCCAUAACACCGGAUCAACUUAACUCCUACUGCCAAAAGCUCUUCAAGUUCAAGGUAAUUCGUGUGCUUCGUUUCCGGAGUUGGAAUGCCCGCCGGAAGUUCACCAAGAACCGCAAGCACAUCAAGAACAUACAGAGGCCCACACUGCCCGAUGGCACUAAGCUCAUUAAAUUCCCCAUUUUGGCGGCAGCUGGUGAGGGGUCAACGAAUACGCGCGGUCGGAAGGAGUGGAUCAUGAAUCCCAAUGGCAAGAGCUUUGUCUGCAUCCUGCACGAGUAUGUGCAGCAUGCGCUGAAGACGCAGCCCACUUAUGAGUUCAAGGAGCUGCAAAAUGCAGCCACGCCAUACUCGGCCACCGUGUCUGUGAAUAAUCUCAAGUAUGGAACGGGCUAUGGGACCAGUAAAAAGCAGGCCAAGUCUGAUGCGGCGCGGGAGACGCUGGAAAUACUCAUUCCCGAUGUCAAGGACAAGAUAACAGGCAACAACAAGGACCAAAAGAGCGGCACCGCGAAGAAGGCACAGAGCGAUCUGUCUGUUUUUGAUGACAUUCGCAUUGAGGAUCCGCGAGUCACCGAAUUCUGUAAUAAGACGACGGAGCCCUCUCCCAAUGCCAUUCUCCUCACUUGCUUGCAGCGCAACUACGGCAGUGAUGUGCAGAUCAACCAGGAGAUCAAUCGAACGGCGAACAACAAGAAUGAGUUCACCAUGACUGUGGGCAAACACACGGCCAAAGUGGUUUGUAAAAACAAGCGGGAGGGCAAACAAUUAGCUUCACAAGCUAUUCUCCAGAUCCUGCAUCCGCACAUCCAGACCUGGGGUUCUCUACUGCGCCUGUAUGGCAACAACUCAAUAAAGACCUUCAAGGAGAAGAAGCUGGAGGAGCAGGAGAUAACCGUGCUGCAAAGCAAGGCGGCAGUAAAUCAGCCCAACUAUGCCAUUUUGGACAAACUCAAGACCGAGAUGCUCAAGCUGUGCGCCAAGCAGGAAAGUGUCCUCACCAUGGGCACUUUUGUCCCGCCCAGCGAUGUGGAUCUGCCCACUUCCUCCGGGUCCAAUCUGAACAACGUCGAACUCUGAUUGGGGGACAUACAAUCUCUCUUACCAACUCCGAUUCUCUAGUAGUGCAUGACAACCUCCCAGUCUCUCAGUUACCCAGUUUCAUAUUCGAAAUGCUUAUGACAACAACGACGCGUUCUCUAGAGGCACACGAACUGAUUCCAAAUCGGCCUUAAUCAUUAAAGCAAUAGUAGCGAGCCAACCCAAGCUGGCUAAUAGUGAACAAUUACUCAUCAAGUGGCUUUAACAAGUGGCCAAAAGUGAAGAACAAUUGCUAAUCAAGUGGCUUUACGUUAAGGUAAAUCCAUUAUUAAAUUUGCCAAAUAUUAGUAGUUCAUGUUUGCAAUAGUUAAGACGAGGGGGUUACAAUUUCAUAUUAUACAGAUAUAAGCUUGAAUAAAAGAUAUUUUAAAAAUGUA